CAGGCACUGCGAUGGACACCCCGCACUAUUUCUGGGCCUCUCUGCGUGGGGUCGCGGGAAGUCGGUUUCGAAGAUGGCGGCGCCGUUGGCGGUAAAUUCAGCUGCCAGUUUGUGGGGUCCGUACAAGGACAUAUGGCAGACUGUUGUAAAUGCCAUCUGGAAAAGACAGCCUGAAGCCAUCCAUCUCCUUGACCAGAUUUUGAAGAAACACAAGCCUGACUUUAUCUCGCUCUUCAGAAACCCGCCAAAGAAUGCUCAACAGCAUGAGAAGAUUCAGAAAGCAAGUACGGAGGGAGUUGCUAUCCAGGGUCAGCAAGGAACCAGACUUUUGCCAGAGCAACUUAUCAGAGAGGCCUUUAUCUUGAGUGACCUCUUUGAUAUUGGGGAAUUGGCAGCUGUUGAGCUCCUUCUAGCUGGAGAGCACCAGCAACCUCAUUUUCCUGGCCUUACACGGGGCUUAGUGGCUGUUCUCUUGUACUGGGAUGGAAAGAGGUGCAUUGCCAAUUCACUACGAGCCCUUGUCCAGUCACGGAGAGGCAAAACAUGGACGCUCGAACUCAGUCCAGAGUUGGUGUCCAUGACAACACGUUUUACAGAUGAGCUGAUGGAACAGGGUUUGACUCAGAAGAUCCUCACUCUGGUGUCUCAUAUUGAUUUGAACAACGAGUUUGAAAAACUACAGAGGGAGCGUGGCCUGGGCAGUGAGAAACAUCGGAAAGAGGUUUCUGACCUCAUUAAAGAAUGCCGACUAUCAUUAGCUGAAAGCCUGUUUGUCUGGACCUGCCAGUCACCCCUCAGCAAGGAUGAUACUCUCAUACUUAUUAGUUACCUGGAGAAAGUGACGGUUGAAGCUGAUGGCUCACUGGACAGUGUUAACUUAUCUCUCCUCAUGGCUGUCCUUUACUGCUUUGAUGUCAGUUUUCUAGAACAAGGCACAGAGGAUCAAGAAGAUUUGAUGCACCAGCUGCCUCUGCUAACGGAAAGACAGUAUAUAGCAACAAUCCACACUCGUCUUCAGGAAUCUCAGCCGUGGAAACUACCAGGACUGCAAGCUACUGUUAGAUUAGCAUGGGCAUUAGCUUUACGAGGAAUAUCUCAGUUAUCUGAUGUAACAGCUCUUGCAGAAUUUACUGAGGCAGACGAGGCAAUGGCAGAGCUAGCUAUUGCUGAUAAUGUCUUCCUCUUCCUUACUGAAUCAGUUGUGGGAUCUGACAAUUUCUAUCAGGAAGAAUUUUACAUUCGCAAAAUUCAUAACCUUGUCACAGACUUCCUUGCCCUCAUGCCAAUGAAAGUGAAACAGCUAAGAAAUCGUGCAGAUGAAGAUGCUCGUAUGAUCCAUAUGAGUGUGCAGAUGGGUAAUGAACCACCUAUUUCCCUCCGGCGGGAUCUGGAACAUCUAAUGCUUUUAAUUGCUGAGCUGUAUCGGAAGGAUCCAUUUAAUCUGGAGCUUGCCCUUGAAUACUGGUGUCCUUCGGAGCCUCUCCAGAGCUCCACCAUCAUGGGGUCUUAUCUUGGAGUAGCCCAUCAGCGACCUCCUCAGCGUCAAGUUGUCUUAUCAAAGUUUGUUAGACAAAUGGGAGACCUACUUCCCCCCACAAUUUAUAUCCCAUAUUUGAAAAUGCUUUGGGGAUUGGCCAGUGGGCCCCAGUGUGCUCAUUACUGCUUCAGUUUGCUGAAGGUCAAUGGCAGCAGUCACGCUGAAAACAUCCAAGGAGCAGGUGGGAGCCCUGUGUCUUGGGAGCAUUUUUUCCACUCCUUGAUGCUGUAUCAUGAGCACUUAAGGAAAGACUUGCCAAGUGCAGACAGUGUUCAAUACCGUCAUCUUCCCCUGCGAGGCAUCACCCAGAAGGAGCAAGAUGGACUGAUUGCAUUUUUACAGCUCACAACUACUAUAGUAAAGUGGAGUGAGAAUGCUCGUUUGGCCCUUUGUGAGCACCCCCAGUGGACCCCUAUAGUAGUCAUUUUGGGACUUCUGCAAUGUAGCAUCCCUCCCAUUUUGAAAGCAGAGUUAUUAGAGACUCUCACUGCCUUUGGAAAAUCUCCUGAGAUUGCUGCUUCGCUCUGGCAAUCGCUGGAAUACACCCAGAUUUUACAGACUGUAAGAACUCCAGGGCAGAGGCAAGCUAUUGGCAUUGAGGUUGAAUUGAAUGAAAUCGAAUCCCGGUGUGAGGAGUAUCCUUUAACCCGUGCAUUUUGCCGGCUCAUCAGCACACUGGUGGAGAGUUCAUUUCCUUCUAACUUGGGAGCAGGAUUGCGCCCACCAGGCUUUGAUCCCUAUCUUCAGUUCCUUAGAGAUUCUGUGUUUCUCCGAUUUCGCACCAGAGCUUACCGGAGAGCAGCUGAAAAGUGGGAAGUAGCUGAGGUGGUUCUGGAGGUUUUUUACAAACUGCUGAGAGACUACGAACCUCAACUUGAUGACUUUGUGGACCAGUAUGUGGAGUUACAAGGAGAAGAAAUAAUAGCAUAUAAACCACCGGGAUUUAAUUUGAUGUAUCAUCUACUGAAUGAGUCACCAAUGCUGGAACUGUCCCUUAGUCUGCUGGAAGAAGGGGUUAAACAGCUUAAUACCUACGCCCCCUUUCCAGGGAAGAAGCACUUAGAGAAAGCAGUACAGUACUGCCUUGCUCUUCUCAACCUGACCCUGCAAAAGGAGACUCUCUUCAUGGACCUUUUACGGGAGAGUCACCUUUCCCUGAUUGUCACACCUCUUGAACAGCUGCUGCAAGGAAUCAACCCACGAACUAAGAAGGCAGACCACGUGGUGAAUAUUGCCAGGUAUCUUUAUCAUGGCAACAGCAAUCCUGAACUGGCUUUUGAAAGUGCCAGGAUCCUCUGCUGUAUUUCUUGCAACUCCAACAUCCAGAUAAAGCUAGUGGGAGAUUUCACUCAUGAUCAGAGUAUAAACCAGAAGCUGAUGGCUGGGUUUGUAGAAUGUUUGGACAAUGAAGAUGCAGAAGAAAUAAUUAGUCCAGAAGAGGAGUUGGAACUUGAAAAGAAGCAGGCUCGAAUCCACCAUGAAACCAGGAUUCACAUCUUGAACCUUCUCAUCACAUCUCUUGAGUGUAGUCCACCCAACCUAGCCUUAUAUCUUUUGGGGUAUGAACUGAAGAAACCAGUCAGUACCACAAAUCUACAAGACCCAGGUGUCUUGGGUUGCCCACGGACUUGCCUUCAUGCUAUUUUAAACAUACUGGAGAAGGGUACUGAAACAAGGAACGGUCCCACAGCGGUGCAAGAAUCUCCCCAUCUUGCAGAAUUGUGUUAUCAGCUAAUCUAUCAAUUGUGUGCAUGCUCGGACACAUCUGGCCCAACCAUGCGAUAUUUGAGGACCAGCCAGGAUUUCUUAUUCACUCAGUUGCAGCAUUUGCCAUUUUCUAUCAAAGAACAUGAGAUUUCAACUCUGAACCAGAUGUCUUGGCUGAUGAAGACUGCGGCUAUAGAACUGCGUGUGACAUCAUUGAACCGCCAGCGCUCCCACACACAGAGGCUCCUGCAUCUGCUGCUGGAUGACAUGCCUGUGAAAUCUUACUUGGCUGAUGGAGAAGGAGGAAUGGAAGAUGAAAGUCGCUCAGUCAGUGGAUUUCUUCACUUUGACACUGCCUGUAAAGUGCGCAGGAAGAUCUUAAGUAUCCUGGAUUCAAUUGACUUCAGUCAAGAGAUUCCUGAACCUUUGCAAUUGGAUUUUUUUGACCGGGCUCAGAUUGAGCAGGUUAUUGCUAAUUGUGAGCACAAGAAUGCACGAGGACAAGUCAUCUGCAAUGUCAAGUAUCUUCACAGAGUUCUGGUUGCAGAAGUUAAUGCCCUUCAAGGAAUGGCAGCCAUAGGCCAAAGACCUUUACUUAUGGAAGAGAUCAACACAAUCCUACAGUAUGUGGUGGAGAGGAACAAGUUGCUGCAGUGUCUCCAUGCUAAACGGCAUGCACUAGAGUCCUGGAGACAGCUGGUGGAAAUUAUUCUGACUGCCUGCCCCCAGGACCUCAUACAGACUGAAGACAGACAACUGAUUAUCCGAGACCUCUUACAAGAUGUUCAUGACAAGAUCCUGGAUGAUGAUGCAGCUCAGGAGCUGAUGCCAGUAGUGGCAGGGGCUGUGUUCACUCUUACUGCCCAUCUGAGCCAGUCCGUGAGAACAGAGCAAAAACAGCCACUUGCAGUCCCUUUACCUGGCCACUCCCAAUAUGUCUUGAUGUUGGAUGGCUCAUUUUCUGCAUCACCUGGUUCAGAAGGCCUGUCUUUGGGGUUUGCAUCCAUUGGUGACUCUUCCCUCCAUAUCAUCUUAAAAAAACUACUGGAUUUCAUUUUGAAAACAGGUGGUGGGUUCCAGCGAGUAAGGACACAUCUGUAUGGAUCACUGCUUUAUUACCUACAGAUUGCACAGAGACCAGAUGAACCAGACACCUUGGAAGCAGCCAAGAAGACAAUGUGGGAACGUCUGACAGCCCCCGAAGAUGCAUUCAGUAAACUACAACGAGAAAAUGUGGCAAUUAUUGAAAGCUAUGGUGCAGCACUGAUGGAGGUGGUCUGCCGAGAUGCCUGUGAUGGCCAUGAGAUAGGCCGGAUGUUGGCAUUGGCUUUACUUGAUCGCAUUGUCUCAGUAGACAAGCAGCAGCAAUGGCUAUUGUAUCUCUCCAAUAGUGGCUACCUAAAGGUGCUUGUGGAUAGCCUAGCAGAUGAUGACCUUACGCUUCAGAGUUUACUCACACCCCAGCCUCCGUUACUUAAAGCGCUCUACACCUAUGAGUCCAAAAUGGCAUUCCUGACCAGAGUAGCUAAAAGCCAGCAGGGGGCAUUGGAGUUGCUGAGGUCUGGAGUAAUUGUGAGGCUUGCACAAUGUCAAGUAUAUGAUAUGCGACCAGAAAUUGAUCAUCAAGGAAUGUUUGGGAUGAGAGAUCCUCCUGUCUUCAUUCCUGCUCCUGUGGAGCGCUACCGCCAGAUUCUUCUCCCAGCUCUUCAGCUGUGUCAAGUGAUCCUCACGUCCAGCAUGGCACAACAUCUACAGGCAGCGGGACAGGUUUUGCAGUUUCUAAUAUCCCAUUCAGAUACUAUCCAGGCUAUCCUGCGGUGUCAGAAUGUCAGUGCUGGAUCACUUCAGGAGCUGGCCUUAUUGACAGGAAUAAUCAGCAAAGCAGCUUUGCCUGGUGUGCUAGGUGAAUUGGAUAUAGAUACUAAUGAAGGGACGCAGAUGGAGCUACAAGGGCAUAUAGGACGAUUUCAGCGCCAGUGUUUAGGACUUCUCAGUCGGUUUGGUGGUUCAGACAGACUACGUCAGUUCAAACUGCAAGAUGAUAAUGCAGAGGGAGACAGAGUGAGCAAGAAGGAUGAGAUUGAGUUGGCCAUGCAACAGAUCUGUGCUAAUGUAAUGGAAUACUGCCAGUCGCUUAUGUUACAGUGUGCCCCCACCUUUCAGCACACCAUUUGUCUGUUCACUCCUAGCCUGUCAGAGUCAACUAACCGAGAUGGACCACGCCAAGAUACGCAAACACCAGUGGUUCCAUAUUGGCGCCUGCCGGGGUUGGGCAUUAUUGUCUUCCUGCUGAAACAGAGCGCUAAUGAUUUCUUCAGUUAUUAUGACAGCCAUCGUCAGAGUGUUAACAAACUACAGAACGUGGAACAGCUCCCACCUGAUGAAAUAAAAGAGUUGUGUCAGUCAGUGAUGCCAGCUGGGGUGGACAAAAUCUCUACUGCUCAAAAAUAUGUUUUGGCAAGACGGCGCUUAGUGAAGUUGAUAAACAAUCGGGCCAAGUUGCUUUCUCUCUGCUCCUAUAUAAUAGAAACCUGUCUCUUUAUUCUUUGGCGUCACCUGGAGUACUAUCUGUUGCACUGCACACCUGCUGAUUCCCAAGAUUCACUGCUAUCCUCCAGGUCUUCUUUUAAGAGUAGAAGACUACAAGAUUCCUUUAGUACAGAGCCUAAUUUGGAUUUCAGAAGUGGUUUGAAUCGAGUGAGCCAGCAUGAUAUAGAUCAGCUUCAGCUUGAAGCCACCAACAGCUUUGGUGAAUCUCUCCAGAAAAAGCUCCUCGACAUAGAAGGAUUAUACUCUAAAGUCCGAUCACGCUAUACCUUUAUUCAAGCACUUGUUAGACGUAUCCGUGGUCUACUAAGGAUAUCAAGGACCUGACAGACUUGUUCAUGUUGCCUGCCUCUGCAAGCAGUGAACCAGGACACACUGCCUUCCUCAGAUUUUAUACACCUAUGUUUUCUAAAUAAUGGGCAAAAAUAUUUUGUUAUCUUUUUUUCUUAUCAUUAAUGGAUCAGUUUUGUGUAUUCUUUUCUACCUGCACCCAUUCUCACUAGAAAAAUAAAGGAUUUUUUUUAAGCGAGUCAUGAUCACUGAAAAUGGACUGAAAAUACUCGUUACUGAAGACACUGGAGAUAGGAAAAUAUUGUGAGCAUUUUAAACUUUGUAUCUGUGCACUACACACACAUCCAUGUGACAAUUUAAAAGAAAAGCAAAACUGCCAAGCCCCAUUUCUGCUGUUCUGAGUGAUGCCAUCUUUUCACUGUGGUUCACAAACUCUUUGGAAAAAUGGAUUUCUGGGUCUAGUAUGUGAGAAUAAAAUAUGUGUCCUUAAAAUGG